UACAGAUAUGAUUCAGAACUGUACAUUGAAUUACUUUGGGUAGUCUGAGUGAACUUUUGAUAAUGAGUGGUGCAGCUUUGGGACUCGAGAUUGUUUUUGUGUUUUUUCUGGCAUUAUUCUUACUUCAUCGAUAUGGAGACUUUAAGAAGCAGCAUAGACUUGUAAUUGUUGGAACACUGCUAGCUUGGUAUCUCUGCUUCCUUAUUGUCUUCAUACUGCCUCUGGAUGUUAGUACGACAAUAUACAACCGAUGCAAACAUGCUGCAAACUCAAGCCCUCCUGAGAAUAACAACAGUACAGGAUUAUAUGCAACUGUCAUCUCAGUUCCAAGUCACCAUCCAUGUUUCAAGCCCUGGAGUUAUAUUCCUGAUGGAAUCAUGCCGAUUUUCUGGAGGGUAGUAUAUUGGACUUCACAAUUUUUAACAUGGAUUUUGUUACCGUUUAUGCAAUCAUAUGCAAGAUCAGGAGGAUUUUCCAUCACUGGAAAGAUCAAGACUGCAUUAAUUGAGAAUGCAAUCUAUUAUGGAACCUAUUUGCUAAUUUUUGGAGCAUUUUUAAUUUAUGUAGCUGUAAACCCACGUUUACACUUAGAAUGGAACCAACUUCAGACUAUUGGAAUAGCUGCUGCAAACACAUGGGGCCUAUUUCUUCUUGUGUUGUUGUUGGGGUAUGGUUUAGUAGAAAUUCCUCGUUCAUACUGGAAUGGAGCCAAAAAGGGUUAUCUGCUUAUGAAAACAUACUUUAAAGCAGCCAAAUUGAUGACAGAGAAAGCAGAUGCAGAAGAGAAUUUAGAAGAUGUCAUGGAGGAGGUUCGUAAAGUGAAUGAAAGCAUCAAGUAUAACCACCCAUUGAGAAAAUGUGUUGACACAAUACUAAGAAAGUGCCCUGUAGAGUAUCAGGAAAAAAUGGGGAGAAACAUGGAUGAUUAUGAAGAUUUUGAAGAAAAGCAUAAUACUUACCCUAGUGAAAAAAGUCUGGUAAAGCUACAUAAACAGGUGAUUUAUGCAGUUCAGCGGCAUCGUCGAACUCAAGUACAGUGGCAGAUACUUUUGGAACAAGCAUUUUACCUAGAAGAUGUAGCCAAAAAUGAAACUAGUGUUACCCACCAGUUUGUUCAUACCUUUCAGUCAACAGAACCAGAAAAUAGAUUAAUUCAGUAUUUUUAUAAUCCUACAGUUGAGUGGUACUGGGAAUGUCUUCUGCGACCUUGGUUUUAUAGGAUACUUGCUGUGGUUUUGUCCAUCUUCUCUGUGAUAGUUGUGUGGUCAGAGUGCACUUUCUUUAGCACAAGACCGGUCUUAUCCCUCUUUGCAGUCUUCAUACAGCUGGCUGAACAAACAUAUAAUUAUAUUUACAUUGAGAUUGCUUGCUUCCUUUCCAUCUUUUUUCUAAGUAUUUGUGUUUAUUCUACUGUGUUCAGAAUUCGUGUAUUUAACUACUAUUACUUGGCUUCACAUCACCAGACUGAUGCUUACAGCCUUCUUUUCAGUGGCAUGUUAUUUUGCCGUUUGACUCCUCCUUUAUGUCUUAAUUUCUUGGGUUUGACCCAUAUGGAUUCAUCCAUCUCUCACCAGAAUACACAGCCAACUGCUUAUACAUCUAUUAUGGGUUCCAUGAAAGUUUUAUCCUUUAUUGCAGAUGGAUUCUAUAUAUAUUAUCCUAUGCUGGUGGUAAUUCUCUGCAUUGCCACUUAUUUUAGUUUAGGAACUCGUUGUUUGAAUCUACUUGGUUUCCAGCAAUUCAUGGGAGAUAAUGACAUGACAUCAGAUCUAGUUGAUGAAGGAAAAGAAUUAAUCAGACGAGAGAAAAGAAAAAGGCAAAGGCAAGAAGAAGGUGAAAAUCGAAGAAGAGAAUGGAAAGAACGGUAUGGACACAACAGAGAGGAUUCUACUAGAAAUAGGAAUGUUCAUAUGGACCCAAAAGAGUUGAACUUCUCAGAGAGUGGCACCAACCGAUCCACAACUAAAUAUACCAGAGUUAAUAAUAGAACUGAAAGGGACCGAGUGGAACUUCUCCAAGAUGCAGAACCCUUAGAUUUUAAUGCAGAAACAUUUACUGAUGAUCCUCUUGAGGCUGAUUCAGGAAGGUACCAGCCUAGUGGAAGAUAUCUCUCAAUGUCUCGAAGCAAAAUAUUUGAUGAUGUUUAAUGUUUAAAUUUAUGGAAUAGCAAGCAAGAUCAACACAUUCAAUCAUUAUGAACAUCACCCUGUUCUAGAACUUACACUGUACUCUCAUUCUCAAUGAAAAAUACUAAAUACUGGGAUAAAAAAGGCAUUAAAAAUUAAUCAUGUAGUCAUAAUAGUAUAUCAUUCAUUAAAUAGAAUUUUAAUAAGGUUUAUUGUAUACCAUUCCUAAAGUAUCUGCCUUAGAAGUACUGUUACUGUGAAAGGGUUUAAAUUCACCAUGAUAAAGAUCAACAUAUAAUGAGAAUAUGUAGUUCUAUUUCAGAUUUAUUUUUAGGAAAGGUCCAAGGGGGCCAUAAGUCAUAACUAACUAAUAAUAUGCAGCUUUAUCAUUUAUAGUUAUUACAUGUUGAUUUUCAUUUUCCUGUGUUUAAAGAAUUCACAAGUCCUGUAUUUCCCAAAGAAAUGGAGACCUCAAAUCACAACCAUAUGUACAAACCCAGGUCUUAAAACAAGGCUUACUUAUCAGACACAGCUGAAUGUAGAAAGUUCUAUUUCAACUAUGUAUGCAAAUAGUGUGGGUUU